CGGCGGGGAGCGGUGAUGGAGGCGGCGGCGGUGAUGGAGGCGGCUGCGGUCCCGGUGCCGGCGGCCGGUGAGGAAUCUCUGGGCGAGUUUGUGCAGCGGCUGCGGCUCGUCUUUGAUGCUGUGGCCGAGGAACCGGGCGGCUCGUUGCCGCUGCGGCGCUUCAUCCAGAUGGGGCUUCGCUUCGUGGAGGGAGAGGAGCUGCAGCGAGUGGCAGAGCAACUGGACCCGCAGGAGUUGGGACACAUCAGCUUCCCUGAGUUCUGCCGUGGGAUCUUCACCAUUAAAGGUUGCGCGGAGCUGCUGGACAAGGGGCUGUGUGUGGACGGCUCGCUGGCCCGAGGCAGCCAGACCGGUGGGGAGGAGCACUGCGGCCCGCAGGUCAGGGUGCAGAGGUCACAGGAGGGUCAGCUCUACCCCGCUGACGUCACUAUGACUCUCAGGCAGCCGGACACCGACAUGGAGAGCGAUUUCCAGAACCUUCCGUCUGUGGCAGAAGCACCCGGAGCCGGGACCCCCCCACCCACGGGCACCCACCUCCUGCCCAGCCCACCACGUGCUGCCCAGCCGCGGCUCCACGUUGACUGCGCUCAGUGCCGGCGGAGUAUCGACAUCCUCAACUUGCAGAGCCGGCUCCGCACAGCGCAGGCGCACAGCUCCAGCACCAAGCUGUCGUCCACAGCAUUCGGCCGACAGCUGUUCCACAGCAGCACGUUGGGCAGCUGCAGCACCGAGGACCUGACCCGGGACAGCGACGACUCACCGCGGCCCGACAUCGCACAGAAGGUGUGUUACCUGGAGAGGAAGGUGACUGAGUUGGAGAUGGAGCGUCUGAUGAAGGGGGAGCAGAAGAGUAAACUCAUGCAUCAGAACAUCCACCUGGUGCACAGGGUACAUGCGGCGGAGGAGCUGGUCCGGGACGAGCAGGGCGGCGCACACGAGACGAUGCGGGAGACGCGGUGGCGACACCGGCAGCUUUUGGGACGUGUCCGCGGGGAGACGGAGACGCAGACACAGAGCCUGAGGUACAGGGCGCAGCAGCUGGAUGAGGAAUCGCAGCGACUGAAGCUGACGGCGGCUCGGAUAAAGUGUCGCAGCGAGCGGCUAGGACAGGAACACCAGUGCAUCUCUUACCAGUGGGAGGAUGCGGGGCUGCGACUGCAGGACGAGCUGCACCUGCAUCGCAGGAUGGUGGAGCGCAUGCGCCAGAGCCGGCUGCAGUUCCAGCGGGAGCGCGAGGCCAUGCAGGAGCUUGUGGAGGACCUGCGCCGUGAACUACUGGUGCAGAGCCGCUGUGGGGGGAGGGGGGGUCUCAACCCGUGGGGAGCCCCCUGCACCCGGCUCUGUGACCUCACCUUCCCCCCCCGACCCCUGGAGCUGCAGUACCAGGUGGAGCGGCUCACGCAGGACAAUGAGCGGCUGCAGGAACAGAACGAUGGGCUGAAUGGCCAGGUGUUGGCGCUGAGUCUGAGCGGAGCCGCUGAGCUGUGCGGUGCACAUGCCAGGGCCCAAAACCUGGCCACGGAGAUCGACACCGCCAGCCAGGACCAGCUACUGUUCGCGCUGCGUGAUCAGGAGGAAGUGAGUGAGCGACUGCGGGAAUACAUGGAGCGCAUCAUCCUGGCCAUCAUCGAUCACAGCCCCUCCAUCCUGGAGAUCAAGAAGUGAGGGAGUGCCAGCGAGGGAGCACCCCAGGGUGGCAGCUCUCCAGUGCUGGAGCAGCCCGGACUGGGGUACGGCGGAUGGGAGGGGAGGGGCAAUGGUUACUCUGGGGGUGACUCCAGGGGCAGAGGUCAGUCCGAGACCCAGUCUGUAACCUUGGUGACUGCGGGGAGCGGGGUAGUAGAGAGCAAUGGGCUGAAGGGUCACUUGUCAGCCAGCACGUUCACAGUGAAUGGCAGGGCCCCGGGGUGGGUUGUUGGGGCAGUGUAUCGUUCCCUGAAGGUGCCGUCACAGGGAGACAAGGAGGUGAGGACUGCCUUUGUACAUUGUCCUUCAUCAGUCUGAAGAAGGGUGUCGAUCUGAAACUUCACCCAUUCCUUCUCUCCACAGAUGCUGCCUGACCCGCUGAGUUACUCCAGUACUCUGUGUCCACCCUAUCAAGUAUGGAAGUUGGGGUGUCACGUUGCAGCUGAACUAGAUGGUGGUGAGGCGGCAUUUGGGGUCUUGUCACCCUGCUGAAGGCAGGAAGAUUGCAGAUUGACAAGGAUGUCACUAGGACCAGAGCUCCUGAGAUACAGGGAGAUACAGGCUAGGAUUUUAUUCUUUGGAGCGCAGGUUGCUGCCACCUGACGGCAUCUCGAACCACAGGACCGGUUUACGGAGAGAGGAGAAAGAUUAAAU